AUGGGCCGACAGGCAUAUUUGAACCGGCUCGCUUUGGGUCGGUCGCCUUAUGAGCCACCAGAGACUGCUACCGUUGACCCUUCCAGUCCCGUGCGGAGAGUUUCACAUAUUCAUGCCGACAGCUAUAUGCAACAAUAUGACUCUCGCGGACAUCCAGUGAAUCCAGAGUCCAAGAGCCUCGGACGCGCACUUAGAAAAGCUAAAAAUGAUAUUCUCUCUACAAUGGGAAUCGUUGUCAGUGGCGAAGACCGUAAGGCCAGUUCUUCCAAUGAACAGCAGCGAAUCAAUCAGAUAACGGCCGAGAAUGACUUUGGCCUGGUGAUUACCACCGCUGAUCAACUUUUUGUCUUCUUUGGAUCCUGGUGGACAUCGUCUCUCACAGGAAGGAUACAGACAUUCAGACAUUACACACAUGCUGCGCUGCUUGAUGUCAUACGAUCUGAACGGGGCACCACGGGGAUCUUAGGAUUCUAUUUUGCUGGGAUUCCGGCGUGGGCGGUCUCGAGUGGAUUGGCCAUUGCUCGUGACAAUCCCUGGAAGCGUACAUGGACUGCGAUUAGGGACUACGUUGUAGGCAUCACAGGCAAUGGCACCCUCUCGCUGGCUGUUCGUGCGGUGUCUAUACUCACGUACUUCACUGCUAGAAGUUCACUUUUAGUUUUAUCCGUUGAGGCUUACAUGUACUCAACUCUCCAAACACUUUCCAUUAUCCCACCGAAAGCCAUCCCGGGUUUUCGAGUACUCAUCCCUUUUGGAGAGGAGUCUCUCAUCAAACUUCCAGAUCUCCCAACGGACUUCUCUGCCUCUGCUAUAACCGGCUUCCUAUUGCGCUUGCUAGCCUCGCCGGGGGUUCUAACAUUCAUCUAUGCAUUUUACUUGCGCCCGGCGCUAGAAGAACGUAUAUACCGUCUGAUCCGCCGCCAGGUACCAAAGCCGAUACUCGCAGAUGAGUUGUCAAUCAGGGUUGCCUUCGAAGAGAAUCUGGUCGAAUGGGUGGUGCCAACCCUAGGACGGCGUGCGGACGAAGAGACUCGCCGUGCUAAACUCACGUUAUUCCAAGAUAUGCAAUGUGAGCUUGUUGCCUUCCGAGAAUGGUUGUUUUCGUUCUUUGGCUUGUUCUCUGGCAAUGUGUCUAGUCAGCAAGCUAUGGAAGCUUCCAGCCAAGAGAGGAUAGAAAUUCUUAGAAAUUCGAUCGAAACACUUCGACACGAGCUCGAGGAGCUCCCUUUACUGAGACCCCCGGGACCUAUGCCGCGCCGAAACACCAUUGAUCUUGGACAAGCAGGACUUGCGACUCUUCCCGAGGGAGCAAGCCUAGAUGAUGGCGAGAUGCGUUUUGGUAUUCCUCAGGUCUUGACAAAUGAAAAUCGCAUGUCUCAAUCACCGGGGGAGAUGAGCAAUGACUUCUUCUCUGAAAUGGCAACUAUAGGACGGACCAGCGCACCAUCGCACUCGACCGUCUCGAACACUCAAAGCCUGCCAAGCAACUCACAACAAACAGAAGUGACAUCAAGAGGCCGGCAGAACUCUCGUUCAAAUACUCUAUUCUCGCGCCCAUCGUCCCCGGAGACCUCGCCCCCGACCUCGCCCCGGGUUAGGGCUUCAUUGAUUCACCAGAGCUCAGACAUCAUUACAAUGCAACUAGAAUUGCUCGGCAACCGAACUCGAAAUGCGCGUAACCCUGCUUCUGUCUCAAGCUCACAUAUUCCGAGAUUGGGGGCCAACAAUGCUGGCCUGCGCCGCUCAUCUGCUGUUGAUCGUCGGUCAAUUGCCGACUUUCUAGAGGCACUAAUUCUCAGCCAGGCCCAGCAACAAGCGGCACAAUCUCCAAUUUCGGGUAUCCAGGAUGACAUUUCAAACAUCGCCGUGGAACCAAACCCUGCAACUGGACAUGAUGCGCCCUUGAUUGAGGAUGAGGUCCAAAACGCCACGGAGGAAGGUGAAGUGAUAAAUCUAGACCUAGAUGGCCAUACCGCGGUUGAAAUCUCGCAACCUGCUGUCCAAAACAUCCUUCCAGAUGGUGUGGAAGAGCCAAGUGACGUUAGUGCUCGUCCCUUACCAUCUUCAGCAGCUAUAGCGACCACACAAGAUCUCUCGCCCGAGGUGAUAGACCAGCUCGACGCACCUGACUCUCAACCCCCAGCACCCUCUGCGUAUCCAUCGUCCAAUGCGCACCGAGUGACUCUACUCUCUGCUCACCCUGUGGAUUCACUUGCAUCACACCUCGCUGCGAUUCUGAGCAAUCUCGUUCUUGCCCCACUCGAAUCGUUGUGUCACCGUUCGCUGGCGCACUCCUAUCUCGCCACACACGCCUCUUCAGGAGCUCAAUUGUCCGACCUCCAUCCCCUGAACCUCUGGUUCGGCGGGAUCUCUUGGGUGGACAUUGGUGCUUAUACUGGUAGACUUAUACUCAUGAGGGGCAUACAGGCUGCCUUGAGAGCAGGCGUAUGGGGAUUCCUGGUUGGCUCGACGAUGAGAAUUGGGAGGAAAUUCUGCGGUUGGGGCACAUUAUGA